AUGGUGCGGUGGAGGCGGCGCGGCGGCGGCGAGGCGCGCGACGUAGGCGGGGCGUCGACGAGCGGUGGUGCCGGUGGGCGGCGAGGCAGCGGAGCACCGAGGCAGUGGCGCGGGCAAGGCGGCGACGAGCGGCGCGGGGAGGCGGGGAUGGCCGGGCUCGCGCGGGCGCGUGGGGUUUGCCGCAGCGGCGGCUUCGGGCCGCGCGGGCCCGACUCGGGCCCCGCGGGCUGGGGCGGCGGAGGGAGCUGGGCAGGGGCAACGUGGCACACCCUGAUUGGCUCGGGGCGGUGGCUGGACGCGUCCGGCGCCGGCAGACGUAUCCGGCGCGGAGGGGGAGGUGGAUCUAGGGUUUUUGCCCGAGAUUUGUAG